GGAGGAGGAGGGAGGAGGAGGAGGGAGGAGACCUCCCCACCACCACCACUGAACCACACGGAGCCGCUAGCCCCCACAGCAUGCGCGGCGAGCUGCCUCGGGUCGCCAUGGAGCCCGCGACACCAUCAAUGUAAACCACCGCCGCCGCCACCACACCACCCGCUAUGUAGCACUGUACUCUUUUUAUUUAAACAAAAAAAAACAAACAAUUAUAGUCACCAUCGUUAUCCUGAAACGGUUAUUAGCGAAGGCAGGACGAGCGAGAACAGAGCGAGGGGAGUCCACGCGUCUAGAGACGCCAUGGACGCGGCGGCCGUGCCGAGCGCGGCGCCCCCGGGGGCCGCCUCCUGACGGCGGCGUGCGGCUCGGUGGCGGCGGCGGCGGCGGCGGCUUCGUCCUCGGCGUCGUCGGCGUCGUCCGCCUGUCGCUCCCUGCCGAGUGUCCGUUCAUCGUCCGUCCGUCCGUGUCUUCUGUCGGCAUCGCGCUCGACCGCCGUCUCGCGUGCUGCUCUUGGCUGGAGCGCGUCCCGUCUCAUCAGGCGAUAAGGACGCGGGUUUCGUGUCGGCGAGGACGACAAUAAGGCACCCCCGGGGCCACCCUUUCGUUCGGUGAUGGUAGCUGUCUCUGCUGGGUGGAGUGACCGCACCGAGCGACACGGCGGCCCGGCGUGUUAGGGGGUGGUGGUGGUGGUGGACAGCGGAGCCGGGUCCCUCCGUGCCUUCAUCGCUCGAAUUAACGAAGCGGGGUGGCGGGGGAGGGCAUCACCCAUCUCUCGCCACUUGAUUCGUUACAGUAUUGUUGUUGUUAUUAUUACUACUACCGUCUAGUGCGAUUGUUCUACGUAGUGUUGUUAGGGGGGGGGGGAAGGCUGAGAUCAUUUGUACAUGACGCGCACGACGUUGACCCGAAUGUUCAUUGAGUUGAGUCGGCGUAUUUACUGCUCCACUCUGAUGAAUUUUGAUGAUUGACAGCCUCGUUUAAAGGGGUGUUUAACAACGCUGUGUAGUUUUUAUAUGAUAACGUGUGCACGUCUGGGAGAGCGCUUUGUCGUCUCGGCUGGGGAAUUGUAGGUAAAACACGGAUAUAUAUAAAAGCUCGGUCAGAUACUAUUAAACGCGGCCACUUGCACGUGUUAGUGGGACAAUUGUUGAACGAGACCUGUAAGAGUCUUCACAUGCCCGUGUCUGCAGAGGAGAGCCCGCGUGAAGGAGCCACGAUCCGAUUGUAUUGUCCUUCGCGAUUCAUCCACGUUCACUCAUAAUUCACCGGUUCGUUUAGUCCUCAUUGGCCCCUUCAUUAAUUCAUUCAAUUGUCAAAUCAUGAGCCUUUCAAUGAAUUGUUCGCUUAAUUAACGGAUCCAGCCAUUGAUUAAUUACUUGUUUCACCCAUUCAUUGGAUUGGUCGUUCAUUAUUUUAAUUAUUCUUUAGAUUUCUUCGUGGGACACAUUUCAGCGACGCGCCAAGCCUGCUGCACCCAUCAGCUGUUCUGGGUUGCUCAUUCGACCUGGAUUAAUCGAGUGGUACAAAUCCAAUGCCAAACGGCCGUGCGUCCUGCACAUAUCCAAUUUCGGGUUCCCUGCCGAUAGCCGUUGUUGUGGAACACAGCGGACGCUCACGUAGGCUCUGAACAGUGACCAUGAUGAAGGCAGACGCUGCAGCGAGCGAUGUCAUGAAGGUGCAGCAGGUGACGCAGCAGGUGCAGGUGGCGCCACAGCUACGCAGCGCAUCUCCGCACCGGAUCGCCUACCGAGCCGAGUUCCAGGCACUCAAGCGGACCUUCGACCACACCGAAAUGGGCAGCCUCACCGCAGCGGGUAGCAGGGUUAAUCCCCUGGUGACAGUCGGAUCUGACCGAGCCGGCAAUGAGCGGGGUCUCUCGGCCUCAUCCUUGGCCAGCGGACGACAAGACCGCAAGUACGGCGCCAACGUGAGCCGCAUUAAGACCAUGCUGCUGCAAGGCACCCAACAGGGCAACGAGGAUGGUGCAGAGCAGCAGCAGCAGCAGGGAUCCUCCAAGAGGAGCCAGCAGCAGCCCGUGUCUGUGAAACAGAAGGCGCGCCAGUUCACGGCGCCGCCACCAUCCCCGACACGAGGUGGAGGAGACUCCCCGGGCUGGCGAGAGGGACGGCUGCGGGAGAGGGUCGUGCGCACGGUCCCUGAGGGACAGCAGACGGAGCACGACGGCGCGGCCAGCCUGUUGGGCCGCAUCACCGAGGUGCGCAAAAUCUUCGAGCGAAGUCUCCCGCGGCAGGGCAGCGACGACGACACGGGCCGGCCGUCCCCCCCGACGUCUUUCUUCUCUGCCUCGUCGUCCCUGCCCCGCAAAGAGCACAAGGGCUCUAGGGACAGCGUGCUGUCAGUGGGCAGCUGCAAGGGCAGCACAGACUCUCUCGACAGUGUUCUCACCUGCAGUCCCUGCACGGAGUCUGCGGUGUCCCCCACUGUGAGCCAAUUGGCUGCCGUCUUUGAGCCGGGCAACAGCAGCUCAGCACGUGCUGUGGAGGCCUUGGUUAAUACGAUUCCGAGACGAGAUGAAGGCCAUUCGGUGGACAGUGACAGACCUGCCGCAUUUGUUAAAGCCGGGGAAUUGUCUCAUCUCUCACGGGACAGCCUGGACGAGGUCCAAAGUAGCAUGGAUUCUUCUGAUAAUCCCUGUCAGAAUCACAUCCCUGUGCAGAUCUCAGACAGGCUGGUGUUUCCUCCUGGAGUAGACCAGAAUGAAGUGGAGUCACAGCAGUGUGUCCCUUCCAAAGGCCAUGCCAAUAUCAUACUUCAGGUUAUAAAGCUGGAGAACGCAAUACAGAACAGCCCUCAGCAAGUUUCCCGGAAUAUUGAAGUUAACUGUGCACCAUCAUUGAAUAUUAAUGUGGAAUCUCGUGACCAGAAUAUUGCAGUUAUUCCAGAGGGAGAUGUCUUUAAAGCAGCAUUGGUCAAAUUACAAUGUGAUGCACCAGCAAUUGAACAUGACAGUUUGACGAGCACUGCACACCAUUCUGGAAAUCAGAAAGUCGUAUUAGCUCCGCAAAAUAUAACCAAAUUGUUUUAUAGUAAAGUGGAGAAUGAAAAAUUGGCUAAUGAUGAUAUCAGCCUGAACGUCAAUGACAAUGAUACAUCAUUGGAUCACGCGAGAGGAAUUAAAGUUGCUUUUGAAGAUGAAACUGUCAUCACUCCUAGUGGAGAUGUCAACUGUGAGGGAAUGUGUACAGAUUACAGAGAAGCUGGAAAUUACAGGGAAGUGCAGGGGCUGUCUGAUGAAGAGACCCAACCUAAUCGCAAGAUCCGUUUCAGCACCGCACCAAUUCAGGUGUUCAGCACCUUCUCGAAUGAGGAGUAUGACCGCCGCAACGAGGAUGUGGACCCAGUGGCGGCAUCGGCUGAGUACGAGCUGGAGAAGCGUGUGGAGCGCAUGGAGCUGCUGGAUGUGGAAAUGGAGAAAGGUGACGAGGGGCUGGGGCUGAGCAUCAUCGGCAUGGGCGUGGGGGCCGAUGCGGGCCUCGAAAAGCUGGGCAUAUUCAUCAAGACCAUCACCGAGGGUGGAGCCGCACACAGGGAUGGCAGGAUUCAGGUGAACGACCAGAUCGUAGAGGUGGAUGGGAUCAGCUUGGUCGGUGUUACCCAAACGUUUGCUGCCACUGUGCUCAAAAACACCCAAGGCGUUGUGAGGUUCCGAAUUGGGCGUGAGCGGCCGGGCCAAGAGAGCGAGGUGGCGCGGCUCAUCAGCCAGACGCUGGAGCAGGAGCGGCGGCAGAGGGAGCUCCUGGAGCAGCAGUACACCCGCUACCACGAUGACGAUGAUGACGAUGAUGAUGAUGAUGAGGAGACGGGCGAGUAUGCCACGGACGAGGAAGACGACGGGUCGCACGUGGGACGGCUGCCCAUGGAGGUAUUCGAGCUAGCCGAGGGAGAGGACGGGGACAUGUUCUCCACCACGAACACGGAGGACAGACAGCUUGCUCAUAGAUUCCAGGAGCUGAGAAUAAAGCAUGCUGUGACUGAGGCCGAGAUCUUAAAAUUGAAGAAGGAGUUGGUCUUCAGUGAGCAGGAGAGGCAACGCUGGGAGCUGGAACGGCUCCAGCUGCAGCAGAGCAUGGAGGAGAAUGCUGAGCGCAUGAGCAAGCUGGAGGGAUACUGGCUGGAGGCGCAGACGCUGUGUCAGAGUGUCAACGAGCACCUCAAAGAGAGCCAAGCCCAACACCAGGCCCUGGAGAAGAAAUAUAACAAAGCCAAGAAGCUGAUAAAGGAUUAUCAGCAAAAAGAAUCGGACCUGCUCAAGCGUGAAGAGGCUCAGGCAAAAAAGCUCACCGAGGUGGAACAAGGCUACGUGAAGAAAGUGGAGACACUUCAGAACAGAAUACUAGAGCUGGAGCGGGAGCUGAUGAGGCGCGGUUCCAGCGACUCCGGGCUGCUGCUGCUGCUGGGGCUCGACGGGUCAUCAGGGAGCACGGAGCCCAUGGAGCUGUGUCGUGAGCAUUCCGUGGCAGCGUGGUCCGGGCCCUCCUCCGGAGAAAGCUCAGCAGCAGGACCCGGGGUUUCCGCACCUUUGACAGCACAAGGGGGCAUCACGGCCAGUGGUGAUGAUGCCUCUGAAGGCACUCCUGCGGAGAGCUCUUUGGAGGACAAGCGCAAAAGUUUGAGCGAUGAUCUGGAAGAUGUGUUUGAUUUCUCAGAAGUGAUUCCUGAAACAGAGCGCCUGGACUCGAGCGCGCAGAAGGCGCGCGCGCAACUGAGCAGCUGUGCGCGCCGCCAGCGCCCAUCCUGGUCCCACAUCCGCGAUAGCCUGGGCUCUACUGACGGGGAGGACACCUUCGAGUCCACCGGCAGGGAGGAGGAAUGCAGCUCACGGCGAGUGACUUUGAAAUCCACUUCGUCCCUGGGCGGGUCCUCCUCUCCGGGCCCUGUGCCGAGCGAACGAAUCCCGGGCAGGAGCCGCAGCCCAUCCUUGGCCACGUCGUCAUCGCCCUCGUGCUCGCCCCGCACUCCGCCACGUGGCCACCGCAUUCGGGACAGGCCAUUGCCAGGGAUGAGCGUGAGGCGAGGGAGCAGCCAGUCACCAGACUUGAGCAGCUCCUCCCCAUCUUUAUCAGGCAAUCGCCCUCUUGGCGACAAAGUGAGUGCUGCUCUGCAACGCUCCACCAGGAGAGACAAGAAAGUGGAAGAUGAAUCCAACAAUGUGCUGGCACAAGAUCAGGCUGCUCAGGCGUCAUUUGUGAUCGGAGAGUCAGACGUUGAUGGGAGUGAGGCGACGCUUGGAGCAAGGGUCACGGAGGGUCACGCUUUCACCACCCCGGAGAGCUCAGUGGAGCCCAGUCCCGUGAAAGCUCGAAACAAGAUUACCCUCUCCUGGCCAUCGUUUUUCAACCGCUCGUUAGAUUUGCCCAACUUGUCGUUUGGGGAUGAGGUGAGUCCAAGCAGCGCGAGUUCUAGCGAGCUCACAGGCUGGGUGGCAGAGCCGCGUUCCACGGGGCGCUCUCACACGCUCGUCUUCUCCUCCAAUGAGAGCUUGGACAUGAUUGAUGAUGAGAUCCUGGAUGAGCAGAGCUCCCCCAGCCGGCGUGGCGGCGGGGGCAGUGCCACCGGGGCCGAGUCUCCGUCGCCGCAGCUGUGGCCCGUGGAGCGCGUCGCCGCGUGGCUCCGGGCUCUGGGCCUGGAGCAGCACGUGCCCGAGUUCACGGCGCACGGAGUCGACGGACGGCAGCUGCUGCAAGUCGACAGCUCCAAGCUCAAGGCACUGGGAGUAAACAGCUUCAGCGAGCGAGGGCUCCUCAAGAAGAAGGUGAAGGAGAUGAGGGCCAUGCUGGAGAAGGAGCGGAAAGUGCAGGAGAAGCAGCGGCGUCAGCGGGAGAAGGUGCAGCGCAAGGAACUGGAGCAGAGGCGCAGAACAGGGCAGCAGCAGGGACCCAAGGAAGGGGGAGGCACAGAGACCACGGCCUGAACACAGUAUCUCCUUUACAGUGACCUCAGUCCUACUCGGACUGCCCGUUCAUUUCCUUUCGGGUCGCUGAAAGCCAUCAUCUUACUACAUAUGCAUCUAUAAUUGGAGGCUGCUCAAGCAACUAGAGGAAAUACCGCAAAGCUUCCAUAAUUCUUACAGUGUUUAUAUGACCAAUUGAUUUCUCAGUUUUUUAUUGUCUGGGUUUAUGCAUAGCCUUUUGAAAAAUAUUUGCGGCUAUACAUUUUAAUAAAAUUCAGCAUUUUUGUACAAGGUAUUGGCAUUUGCUCUAAAAUAUUGGCAUCAACAGGGAAGCCAGAUGUACAUUCUGUGGUCCAUUAAUGGAUCAGCUUCAUGUGUCCAGCUGUGCCGAUAUUUGUCUUAUAACCAAAAUCCACCCGCCCCCCCCCCCCCACCCUGUUCAGACACGCAGUCUGCAUAUUGGGACUAUAGCACAGACCCAGCAUGGUCCAAUGGAGGUCUUUGCCAGGCAAAAUGUUUAUUUAGUGUUUGGGAACAAAAAUAUCAGAGUGAGUGCAUGCUAAUGCUGGAACAAAAUAAAUGUAUGCAGACCUAAAACUGUGGAAACGUUGGUAGCACAAAUGAACAAAGUUAUGUAAAUAAUAUUAUGCAAUUACUUUUAUUGUGCUGUCUUGUAAAUUUGUUUGAAAUAGAGUUUACAUGUGCUUUGCUGUAUCCCUGCACUUAUGAAAUUAGAUUACUGUGAAAAUAAGAGAAAAGGGUUUCUUUACCCGAAAGGAAGGCAGCCCCAUUAUAGACUUCCAGAAAGACAUGAAGGUGGUGACUCCUUCACUUUCUAUAUUGGCCCAAUGAAUGCACAUCUGUGAUCCA